AGCCUUGCACAAAACGACAAAGUCAACAGAAAAACCACAAGACAAGCUCGGCGGACGAUGCAAGAAGCAGAAACUGUGGCCUCUGGGUCUGUUCCAAAACUGGGUUUGAAAGCGACACAAAUUCACCCCCACCCGAAAACAGCUGUCUGUUACCCCAAACUCAGAAAUCCAGAUAAUCCUCCACUUACGACAGUUCUUUUACUGACCAUUUACGGUUACAACAGCACUGAAAAAAGAGACUUUAAAGAGACGGCUCCUUUAAAGUUGCAGCAUCCCCACGAUCUUGUGAUCAAAAUUCCGAUGCUUGGCAACUGAGUUCAUACUUAACGACCGUUGCUGUGUGUCCCUAGGUCACGCGAUCCCUUGUUUGCGACCGUCGGACGAGCAAAAUCAAUGGGGUUCAGCCAGGUUCACUUAACAACUGGGUUAGUAACUUCUCAGCCGCAGUGACUCACUGAACAGCUGCAGCAAGGAGAAUCUCGGGUUCCUGGGGUUUAUAUGGGGCAGAAAAGAGGUGCGAUCAUGAGAUGCGAAAUGUAUCAAGAAGAGUUUACGAGAAGUAGCUGCGGAUUGACUUGAGUUCCUUGGUGGGCAGAUUCUGCAGUUAGAAGCUCUCCGGAGCAGAAGAAACCUUUCGCGGAAAGAUGGCAGGGAAAUAUGAUGCUCCCAACUCUGCAACUUCCUUAUAAGGAAAUGCCUUCUGUUGCAAAGAUGACCUCAUAAAUACCAUCAAGCAGAAGUCAGGGGAAAAACCACAGAUUGGAAGCUGUCUAGGAGAGGUUGAAAAUCUGUCCUCAAAAGGAAUAGCAGCAACAGAAGAAGAAGAAAAAAUCUCAGCGGCAUCGUACCGGGACUGAGAGCUCUUCAGGAAACUCCUCCGACUCGGUGAAUUGUGGAACCGUGGGGCAGGACAUUUUGAUUUUUGGGGGAGAGAAAUGCCACCGGUCACCUUAGCAAGGUGAUUUUUUUUUAAAUUAUUAUUAUUAUCUUCUAUUUCCUGAGAAGCAUUCCUAGGAGUAGUGUUUAGAACCUCCCCUUGAGAAAGAGGCCAUGGUGGAUUCGGUCAAAUGCGUUCUGGUAGGCGAUGCUGCCGUGGGGAAGACAGCGUUGCUGCUCCGCUUCAUUUCGGAGACUUUUCCGGAUGCUUACAGGCCGACCGUUUAUGAAAACACCGGUGUGGACGUCUACCUGGAUGGCACCCAGAUCAGCUUAGGCCUUUGGGAUACCGCUGGCAGCGAUUCCUUCAAGAGCAUCCGCCCUCUGUCCUAUCAACAGGCCGACGUGGUGUUGAUGUGCUAUUCGGUGGCCAAUCACAGCUCAUUCCUCAGCUUAAGGAACAAGUGGGUGAUGGAGAUCAGGACCCACUUGCCCCGAAUCCCCAUUUUGGUGGUGGCUACCCAGACCGACCAAAGGGACGCGGGUCCUCACAGCGCAAGCUGUAUCAGCCUGGUGCACGGCAAGCAACUGGCUAAGGACAUCCGGGCGAAGGGUUACGUGGAGUGCUCCUCCCUGGCCAAUCGGGGAGUUCAAAAAGUGUUUGAAUGUGCCGUCCGGACAGCGGUGAAUCAAGCCAAAAAACGCUCAAGGAGGAACAUUUUUUCAGUGAACGAAUGCAAAGUUUUUUGAAACCGGACUAAAUAUGGCAUCGUUUUCUGCCUUCGCCUCGCCAAAUGGUUUCGUAGCGGAGUAAACGCGAGCCUCUCCUUUGUGGGCAUUAGGAUGGGCUGUUCCAACGCUGGCAUCUGGAACUUUCAAAGCGAAGAGAAGCAAGGCUGCGAUGGGAUUUCCAGCGGCAUACAUUGGAGAGUAUGAGUAGCAAGCCAGAGCCUCGUUUCUUAUUAGGAUGGAAAUGUUAGUUUAUUUACUACUACAAGUUCUGUUGGAUUUAUAAAAGGGGUUGCUUUCUAACACCUGAGAUAACGAAUGGAUAAUUUAUAUGGCUGACUUAAUAGAAGCUUGGAGCUGAAUAGGUCAGGAAUAUGUGAAAUAAAUAAGGUCAAUUAAAUGUCUUUUUCCUCUAAUGUAUUGUAGAGAUUGCUGUCUACUACCAACUUUGAACAUUCUGUUACUGAUAUCAGUCUUUUCUAACUUUUUAUAUGUCAAGAGAUCAGAUUUCCUGAUAGGGAAAAAAAGAGAUCCUACCAAUUAAGUUUAACCUGGUUUAAUUUAUACUUUAUAGCAUCCUGCCAGAAUGAGAUAUUGUCCUGAUGGUUCUAUUUUCAAUAAAAGCUGCCACUGUGAAAAUAAGA